AUGAUUAAUUAAAAGGAUCUACUUACAUCAGACUCAGGUGAGAUUGUCUUCUUAGAGAGUAAAACUUAAUAUGAUUCUUUGUAAUAAAAAGUAGAAUAGUUAGAAAAAUAAGUGAAAGUAUGAUAUUAUAUUAUAAAAAGGAAUUGGACUAAAUUAAUUAAUAAUUAAAGAAAAAUCUCACACAAAGUAGGAGAGAUUUUUAAUAAUUAGUUGAGGAUCUUGAAAAAUAUAGUAAUGAAAACAUUUAAUAUAGAAAAAAGUGAAGAAGAGAACUUCAUAAAUAGAGAAAAUAAUUCGGUCAAGUUAUUGAAAUAGUUUACAACACUUGAAAAUAAAAUUUUAGAAUAAGAUGAAACAAUAAAGAAAUUGAUAGAAUAAAAUUAAAUACUUACAGAAACUAAUAAAGAAUUAGAGAAUCAAAAUAAUUAUCUUUAAAGUUAAAAUUCUGUCAUUGAUUAAGAAAAAUAGAAAAUUUUUGUAUAUUUUAUUUUGAUUUUAGAAUUCUCAUUAUUCAAGAAAAUAAGAAUUAAAAGAAGUUACAUAAGAAAAGAUUUAAUAUGAAGAGAAAUUAAAGGAAAAUAAAUAAAAAAUUGAAAGUUUAGAAAAUGAAAUUGAAACACUUCAAUAGAAAUAAAGUAACAUUAAAUAUAUUAUAAUAAAAUAGUUGAUUAUGAAAAAUAAAUAAGUCAUUGGUAAUCACUUUCAGAAAAGAAAGAAUAAUUAGCUUAAAUGUCUUAAGAAUUAUUAGAAUAACAACUAGAAUAAUAAUAAAUAAUUAAUUAACCUAAUCAAGAUGAAUAUAAAAGAAAUAUUAUUAUGAGUUUGUAAAGUAAAGAAUUCUAUUAUAUAUUAGAAAUUGAACAAUAAAUAGGAGGAAAAUUUAAUCAUAUUGAAAAAGAAUUGUAAGAUAAUGAAAGUUUAAAAGAAAAUAAAAGGAAUGAACAGAUUGUAUUUUUAAAUCAAGCAUUUAAUAUUUAACUGAGAUUGAAGUUAGAAAAUAGAUUUAUUACAUUUAAACAUGAAUUUAGAGAUAAUUAAAUUCGUGAAUGA